CUCAAACUUACGACGUCAUCGGAUAAGCACUCACUGACGAACUAAAUUGUUGACAACAUUUUCGACUAUUUCUCUGCAAAUAUGAGCAAUCAUCAAAAACGACCAAUGGAUUUUGGAUCAAGUCCUAGCUGGGGUGGUGGUGUUGGGACAAAUGGUAAAGAUGAUGGUGGAGGCUCUGAGAGAAAGCGCAAGCGAAAAAGUCGAUGGGGAGCUGAGGAGACGGUGGAGAAGACAGUCAUUCCAGGCAUGCCCACAAUACUUCCUGCAAACCUCUCCAAGGACCAGGAAAAACAAUAUCUUUUGCACCUGCAAAUAGAGGAGAUCAGUCGACGGUUGCGGACAGGCGACCUUGGUAUCCCAGCAAACCCAGAGGACAGAUCGCCGUCACCAGAGCCCAUCUACAACAACGAGGGUAAACGGCUGAACACCCGCGAGUACCGCACCAGGAAAAAGCUGGAGGAAGACCGACACAGACUCGUACAGGAGGCCUCUGGACUCAACACAGAAUACAAACCUCCAGCUGACUAUAAGCCUCCAGUAGUUCGUGUUAAUGACAAAGUGAUGAUUCCACAGGAGGAACACCCGGACAUUAACUUUGUUGGGCUGCUUAUUGGGCCUCGUGGAAACACCCUCAAGACUCUUGAGAAGGAGACUGGGGCCAAGAUAAUCAUCCGAGGGAAGGGUUCGGUGAAGGAUGGGAAGAUUGGCAGAAAGGAUGGACAGCCCCUGCCAGGAGAAGAUGAGCCCCUCCAUGCCUAUGUGACGGCCAACAACCCUGAAAAUGUUCUCAAAGCAGUGGAAAAGAUCAAGAGCAUCAUUAAGGAGAGUGUGGAGGUGCCAGAGGGGCAGAAUGACCUCCGUAAACAGCAGCUCCGUGAGCUCGCCCUGCUCAAUGGCACCCUCAGGGAGAACGACGGACUUGCGAAGCUGAGGCAAAUUCAGCAGGCCCAGAGUAUUGUGACAAACACAAUCAUCUGUACCAACUGUGGUGGGGCAGGCCAUCUUGGCAAGGACUGUAAGCAGUCACGUCCAGGAGACACAUACCGCAGCAUGAUACAGCAGGAGAGCUCAACAGACAAGGCCAAGAUGGACAGUGAGUACAUGUCCCUUAUGGCUGAGCUUGGAGAGGGUCCCCCACCCCCCAAACAGAACACAGGGAGCCACUAUCGACAGCAGAUGCCCCAGAGUCAGCCCCACAUCUCACGCUUCAACCAACCGCCUCCCAAUCCAAUGGGUGGAUUCAACAAUUUCCCUCCAACUAAUCGUGGUCCUCCACCUUCCCUGCUAUCUCUCAACAACACCCGGCCCCCACAGAACAUGUACCAGCAGCCUCAACAGACAUACCAACAUCAAAAUAUGCAAGGUAUCCACCCUCCAGGACAGAUGCAGGGUCCACCGCCAAUGCAGCAACAGAUGGGGCACCAAGGCCAAUUCCAGCCUCACAGCUCUGUGCCCCAGCCUGUAGCCCCACCCGUCCAGCCCCAACAUGGAAUGCCCAUGGGUGGGCCAGGCCAGGUGGCCCCUGUGCCACCCCCCAGCUCUAUGAACAUGGCUGCUCCUGUUCCCCCUCCUGCACCCUGGAGCUCUGCUGCUGCUUCUCACAUGAACACAAACCCCAUACAAUCAAUGGCUAUGGGUGUGCGGCCACCUCCAACUACCAUGAUGGGUGCGGUUCCCCCACCCCCUCCUCCAAACUCACACCAGCCAGCCACCUCUGUGGCCCCUACUAUGCCUUGGAUGCAACAGGGUGCAGUACCACCACCCCCACCAUCAUCUCAAGGAAGCUGGCAGGCUGCGCCUCCUCCACCACCAGUCUCCAUGGGCCAGAUGCCCUGGCAACAGGCACAAUCCAUGGGCCAGCCCACCAGCGUGGCCCCACCCCCUCCCCCACCCUCCUCUGGUCAGGGGUUUAACAUGCCGCCACCCCCUCCCUCUGGCUACGACCCCAACCAGAUGUCGGGGGUGAACCAGCUCAUUGUGGCUCCACCACCUCCACCUCCAAACUGAGCUACACUUGCUUCGACUGCUGACAGGCUUUUAUUCUAUGCUGAACUAUUACUAUACAAUCAGUUGUAAAUAAUGAUAAACAUUUGACACUGAGAAAUAGAAAAUUUAACAGUGUUCUCUUUAGUCCCUCAUAUAAAUACUAGUGUACUCAACAGUGUCAAUAAUUGGGAUUUAUGCUUAAGAAAAUACUGAUACAAAUCAUUUUCAGCUAAACUUGCUAUGGCACAAUCUGUUAUCUCCAUGUUCUGGUUUUGUCAAACUGUGUGUGGGGUUUACUUGUACACUUUUUGUAUUUUGUUAUAUCAAAUAUUCAUUAUCUCAAACUAUUUCCUAAGGUCCUAACGUCUAAAACAUGGCGAGUUUUGACUGUACUGUUAUUUUUAAAGUCUGUGACACUAGUAAUACUGGUAAUUACUUUGAAAAAGUUAUUUGUAAAGUAUACAUACUUCAAUUAUCAUUGAUCUUUUAUCAUUACGUUAAACAUUGCCAUUAUUGUUAGUAUAUAUAUUAUUUUUGUCACACUGUCUGUGUACAAUGAUAUGAUUUUGUACUAAUAUUUAGAUCGAAUUAUUAAAAUGUCUUAAAUACAA